GGGCUAUUAUUGUCAUACAUGUAUGAUAGAGGGGGCUAUAUCCUUCAUUUAUUCAUGUCCUGACAUGAUUAUGUUAUCUGUUUUGACAGUUGUCCCUACUAAUUCUCUAUAGCAACAAAGCCACCCUUCCUCUGUUGCGAUGACACAUUGACCUAAACAAGGAUUACCACAGCCCCUCUCAUCGCGUUCUGAUUUUGGACAUCACUUUUUUUCAGUUGAAAAUUACUUUCGGAAGUUAUGCGCCGGCAGCGCCGCCGCUGUCUUUAUCCUUAUUUGAGCUCCGGGCAAAGACAAACAGAUAGCCUAACCAUGUCGGAUCACAAGUUCUAAUGGAGACGUUAAUACGUCCUGGAGACAUCAAAAAGUCUCUCAUUCUUUGGUCGUGUUCGUUUUUUCUGAGGAUAUCUAACUGCGUUCGGAGGUAUCCCCCGUCGAAAAGGAAUUUGAUCAUCGUGGGUGCAUGUUGUGUGUACCUGUUUUUCGUGGUUUCCCAGGUUGGACAUUCGUUGCUGCACCAGGAUAGACGGUUGGGCAGACACGGGUACAAGAAGAGUCUGGGACUAUACACUCUGAGGUUCGACCUGGGACCAACCGGUGCUAACGACGACUCUGUAUUACCCUCAGUGGUUCCAACGCGGUCCAAUGUGGUGUACAUAACACUAAAGUCAAGGCGCAUUAAGCCAUCUAUUAUGAGGGGAACAGUGAGACCGAAACUAAGGAGAAAAGCGAGGAGAACUAAACCCAAUGAGGGAUUUACGCAAAAUAAAAUUGGCACAUUGAAGAGGGAGGAAUGGAGACAAAAGCGCACUAACCGAAUCGACAUAACUUGGAAACAAAUUAACACCAUAAAUCAUGCAACACGAGAUGUAAGCUCGAAUUUAAAGAUGCAAACAGAACCUCACGUCAGUUCUAUCCGAAUAUACAGUGAGAGGGCACCGCCGUGGUUCAGCAAAGAGGACAUUAGUGCCAUGCGCUUUCUAGCUGACGGUAAAGUUUCGCGUAUUCAUGAAGUGUCCCAAAAGGAAUUUAUCCCCCUCUUGCUUUUUGAAAGCACAUCAUAUUUGUCCUUGAUCCAUUCUGACAAACAAAACGAUGUCAAGGACCAUAAAGUGUGUAUAGGACAAUGUGGAGUUAUCAAAAGUCCAGUGGACACGAGCGAGGUUUUCGCUUUCCAUUUGGAUAGGGUCUUGGGACUGAACCGGAGCGUUGCCGCUGUCAGCAGGAAGUUUCCGUUUGUACAAGAUGGCCAGCCCUGCCCCGUGGUGCUGUGGGAUGGUUUUCUCUCUCCAGGGGACAAUGCAGAGUCCACUGUGAGGAUGACAUGGGGGGAGUACCAGAGCUCCCUCAAACAGAGGUGCUGGAACAGGAACGUCACGCCCAAGCCUAACUCUGGCUGCUCCAGCAUUCACCAUUAUGAGUGGAGCAAACUAGCCCUGUUUGAUUUCCUGUUGCAGAUAUACAGCCGAUUGGACCGGAACUGCUGUGGGUUCAGGCCUCGUCAAGAGGACGUGUGUGUGGAGCAGGGCCACCACCUGGAAUGUGGGGACAUGGACAGUUUGACGCUGGCCAACAUCAUCCACAGGGGUCACGACCCCAGGCACUUGGUCUUCACUGAAAACAAGGGCUUUUUCGACCGCGACGAGGACAACUUGGACUACAGACUACUGCAGGGAAUCAAGGAGCUCCCAGAACAGGCAGUGGCCGUGUUGAUGAGCCAGAGGCUGAGGGAGAAGCUACUCCAGUCGUUGUUCCUGGAUCAGCUGUACUGGGAGAGCCAGGGAGGACGGCAGGGCAUCGAGAAGCUCAUCGACGUCAUCGAGAGACGGGCCCAGGUUCUCCUAACAUACAUCAAUGCCCACGGCAUCAAAGUGGUGCCCAUGAAUGUAUGACGUCACAGGAUUUGGAAAAGGAGAGAAAAUGGAGAGUAGAUAUAGACAUGGAAUUUGAUCUUCCACAAAGACCAAGCCAUUUGUAAUUUUUUAAGUUCACUUUCCGAAAGCCAUAAAAACAACUUCCAUUCCUCGAAUCAAAAUAUUGCCAGUGAAAGAACUACUAGGGUCUCGAGGGCUUUCACUCCAACAGGACGUACUGUAUUUGCUGAUUUGGUAUCAAGCCAGAAUCUCACAGCUCUGAAUUGUCAAGCUGAAACAUUACUCUUGGUAUUCAUUAUACAAAGUGGCUACAGUUCUGUAUUCAAUAACCCAACAGUCUUACUGUAGUCGUCUGCUUUGUUAUUAUAAUAUUUAACGUUACUCAUCUACAGUAUAACUAAUACAGUAAACAAUAAUUUUUAGCAUUUCUUUGGGCCUUAUUCAUGUACCAUAGCGCUCCUCCGACUUCACCUUACAGUAGCCUACAACUCUUUGAUGGUUUAACAUCUGUCUAACUUGCCAUAAGAAAAGGACAUUAGUUUGAAAUUAUUUUGAUAUUAUACAAAGUGUUUCAUUUGUACCGCUUAAGAUGUUAGUCCUCCAACAUUACCAAUUUCAUUGUUUAUAUUUAUUUUAAUAUUAUUUCAAAUGUUGAUAAAAAAAUAAAUGUAAAUGAAAAUAAAUGUACUUUUACUUGAAAUACAUCAGACUUUGACCCAGAAACAAAUUAGCAUAACAUAUACAGUAGGCUGCCCCCUCUCUGGUCUUUCAACCAUUACAUCAUCAGCCUUAAAAGUGUCAGACAAAUCAAGGACAGAAAUAGUUGGUGCCUAUGAAACAUGAGCCAAAGCACUGUGUCUGUUUUGCAAGGCUGGUAUAAACAGGGUCUUGCGAUUGAGCCUAUAUAGACUUUGAAGCUUUGUGGGGUCAUUUUCCGUGUCAGUGCCGGGAGUAAGAGCGGUUGUUGUUUUAACUCCUUUGAACCCUCAUUAACACAGCCCUCAUCAACACAGCCCUCAUUAACACAGCCCUCAUUAACACAGCCCUCAUUAACACAGCCCUCAUUAACACAGCCCUCAGUGUGUGUUUUUCAUGGAGGGCCCCACUCUUUUCCAGUUAGUUUCAAUGAGUCUAAGCCAGUUCUUCUUCCAGGCUCACACGCAUACAUAUCUAUACCUCCAUUGACAGUUUUCCCCUGCCUCUUUCUGCAUAUGGGCGGCAGGUAAGAACAGUGGUUAGAGCAGCAAGUAGGCCAGCAGGUAGCCAGUGGUUAGAGCGUUGGGCUAGUAACCGAAAGGUUGCUAGAUCGAAUCCCCGAGCUGACAAGGAAUAAUCUGUCCGUCUGCCCCUGAACAAAG